UCAUAUUCAAGUUGGUACCAGAGCACUCUGGUCCAGGAACCCUAAUAAUCCAGCUGCCAACAUCUAGGAUUUCUAGGGUUUUCGAGUUUUGUCUGCGGUUGCCGGAGUUGACACCGCCUGCACACUCAGAGGUCGUCGAUCGGCCUCUCCGUCGCGAGCCACCGUCAGCCACUGUCUCACAUGCUCUCACGCGCGGUUUUUGUUGAUGAAGCUCGCCUCACGCGCCGCCCUCCCAGCCUCCGUUUGCGACGCGAUUCACUCCGUUGGACUCGCUGGCCCUCCCUCUUCUCGUUUUGGCCCUUUUCAGGUUGUGGGUCACACACUCUAGGUGGUCUGUUGGUAGUCGUUUGGUUGCGGCCUCGGAGUUUCAUGGUCAUUUGGUUGCGGCCUCGGAGUUUCGUGGUCGUUUGGUUGCUGCCUUGAAGUUCCGUGGUCGUUUGGUUGCUGUCUCGGAGUUCCGUGGCUGUUUGGUUGCUGUCUCGGGGUUCCGUGGCUGUUUGGUUGCUGUCUUGGGGUUCCAUGGUGGUUUGGUUGCUAUCUCGGAGUUCCGUGGUUGAUUGGUUGCUACCUCGGAGUUUCGUGGCUGAUUGUUUGCUGUUUUUCUUCUUUUUCUCUUCAUGGCAGAGAUUCCUAAGGAGAAUCCAAAAAUUGAAUCUUCCAAAAGGGGGCUGGUCUCCUUUGCCUUUUCUGGAUCACCUACUAUUACAUCUGAAAAGCUUAAUGGUAAAAAUUAUUUGGAUUGGUCCACUGCGGUUGAAAUGUGGUUUUUAGGUCAGGGUCUCUAUGAUCAUCUUACUAAAAGGGCGUCCGAAGUUGAUAAAGAGGUGAGAGAUGAAUGGCAACGGACAGAUUAUCAACUUGUAUCUCUAUUGUGGCAGUCCAUUGAGCCUAAAUUAAUGGUGCAUUUUCGUCCGUACAAGACAUGCUAUGAUAUUUGGAAGAAGGCUCGAAAUGUCUAUGCCAAUGAUAUCCAAAGAAUAUACGAGUCUGUUCAUGGUCUGGCAACUCUUCGUAUGGUUGAUAAUGAUUUGCCAACGUAUUUGAAUCGUGCUCAAUCCACUAUUGAUGAGCUCAAGCUAAUGUUGGUUAGUGAUGAUCCUCAACAAAUAUUAAACAAACUUGAUAAUAUGUUUAUGGUGUUUAUCCUUCAAGGACUCCACAAAGAUUACGGAUCUGUUCGAGAUCAAAUCUUGACAAAUCCUGUCAUUCCUACAGUAGAAGAACUCAUAGAUCGACUGAUUCGGGUCCCUUCACCAGAGGCAGAUCCUCACACAGAAUCUGAGUCCUCUGCUUUUAUCUCUAGUACAGCUGACCGUGGAAGUCGAGGGCGUGGUCGAGGUCGUGGUCGUGGUAAAGGGGGUAGAGGAAACCUCCAUUGUACCUACUGUCAGAGAGAUGGACAUACACGAGACAUGUGUUAUUCCUUGCAUGGGCUUCCGAGCAAGACAGCUAAUGUGGUUCAAUUUCCAACUUCAGCUCCAGAGCUCAAGAUUGAACCGGAGGGCAAUCAUCCAAUCACAUUAUCUACCGAUGAUUAUCAAGAGUAUCUUCAAUUGAAGGCAACUAAACAUGCCUCUUCUUCCAUCACUGUUGCUCAUACUGGUAAUUCUACAGUUUGUCUCUCUCAUUCUACUUCUAUUGGACCUUGGGUUUUGGACUCCGGUGCUUCUGAUCACCUAACUGGUAAUGCCUCCCUUUUCCCUAACCUAUCAUCACCUAAAACUCCACAUCAUAUCACUCUUGCAAAUGGGUCAAAAGUUCAAGUCACUGGACCGGAGUACGGGACAGACGAUUGGAGUCGGAUCUGAAUCACAUGGUCUCUACUACCUUCAGCCUUCUACCUCUACCAUAUGUGCAUCUGUUGAGUCUCCUGGUUUAAUC